AUGUUUUCUAUUCUAAGCGUUCAAUUUACGAUAAUUAGUGCGACUUAUACAUACAUUGCAUAGAAUGAUAGUAAUCUUGAUGGUUGGUUAAUUUAUAAUUCACAAUCUCCGUUCAUAACGAACUGUGGAGGAGUAGAAAUGUUAGGUGGAAUAAACUCAUUUAAUGAAAAUACAGUGAUUAAAAGAAUAUUUAGCGAUUUGAAACCACAUUAUUAACUUAGGUUAGAUUUCUUGAUUUGGACGUAAAUUUUAUUAUUUAACAAUAGAAUGGAUUCAUCUUCAAUGACCGAUAUAGAAGUUUAAUUGGAUCAAGAAGAUUAUGCAGAAUCUUAAACUUCGUAGGUUAUAGAAGAAUAAAAUUAUUGUGGACUGACCAAUAAAAAUGAAAGUAUUAAAUUGGUUUCAUUUACAUUUGGACAUAAUAUUGUUUAAGGAAUAGUAUUUGUUAAAUUUAAAUAUCAUGAAGAUAAUCGAGUAAUUAAUUUAACUACACUAGAUUUAAUGGGGAAUGUAAUAGAUGCACUUAAAAUUAGAUUUGUGCUCUUUUGA